UUUCUGGGUAUUACACUAUCUGCAGAACACUGUGUGCAUUUGAAACAUUUAUAUUGUAACACCCAGUCUGCAAGCCAGGGAGAAAUGUUUGGUGUGUUGAUUCCAGUAUUCUCUCUUUUUUUUAUUAUUAUUUUUAUUAAAUUCUGAACAGGGAUUGGAACAAUUUUGCAAUAUCUGGUAUCUGAUGUGCACAUCAGAUUGGUCAUAUUCACACUAAUUUCCAAUCUUUGAGGGAGCAAAACCCUUGUCCCACUCCAAUAUCCAACAUAAAACACGGUAGUAACCACAAACGUUAUGCAAUACAAUAUCUGGCUCCUCAGCUCUAUAAAGCCAUUUUCUCUGUGGUCUUCACAAGGAAACCUCUGAAGCUUAUUUUCCCCUCUAAGGUAGCUAUGUACUGCACCUGCCUGAACAUGAACACUUCUACUAUUUUUUGCAAGAGAAACACAGUCCAGCCAAGCCCCGAAUAUUUGUAUCGUCAUGGCUAAACACUAUUGAGAGGUGAGUUCUAUUGGUGUUAAAGUGUUGUUUUCAAAUUAACAGAUCGAGCCCUUUAUCAGAAUAAACUGUAUUUGGUUCUAACAUGAAUACUGCAAACCAUCAGACUCUUUUAUAGCCUACCCUAUCUCCCAAACUAAGUUUCAUUGUCUUGUAGACUGGGUGUUAAAAACAUCACAGCUUACCUCUUCCACAAAGUAGAUCAAUGGUUAUACACACUUGCAAAGAAAGUAUUUGGCUAUUUUCAAGAAAUUUGAAAUGAACAAAAAUAUUCACUGGUCAACAUGAGAUGCCUGUUAGCACUUCCUUUCUCGGCAAUGGCAUCAAGUGAUACAACACUUACUGGAAGUAUGCAGAUUCUUACAUGUUUCAACUUACAUUAAACAAUUGGAUAAUGUUGUUAGAGCUCCAAUACAUUGAAAUCUGUAAAAAUAAUGGGAACCAACAUAAAUUAUCCACUAGAACGUAUUAGCAUAGUAAUGGUAGAAUAAAACACACAACUAUAUUGUAAUAUAAAGUGUUAAUAUAACUUUUACUGCAACCAUUACAUUGUUGACUUUUUUUACAUGAAAUAAUUUCAAGUUAGUUCUGAUCAAAGCUACAUUUACAGGUUAAUUACCAAGUUGCUCAAGCAGAUGACAGAGAUGAAAAUAUUGCCAAUCAAUAAACAUGUGGUUACGUUCUCUGGAAAUGUUUGUAAGAAUUCUGUGAAUUCACUCAGCAAGUAUCAACCAAUUGCAAUAGAAUCCUCAGGCCGGAGUGGAGCACGAUUCUUUCGGUCAUCUGACAAAAUGUUCAUUGUCAAGACACUACUGAGUGAAGAAGUGGAGCAGAUGCAUGUGUUUCUUAAACAGUACCACCCAUAUGUAGUGGAACGUCAUGGAAAGACCUUGUUACCACAGUAUCUGGGCAUGUACAGGCUGACUGUAGAUGGAGUAGAAACUUACCUGGUUGUGAUGAGGAACAUCUUUAGUAGCUCACUCAUUAUCCACAGGAAGUAUGACCUGAAGGGCUCAACAGUGGACAGAGAGAUUAGGGAUAAGGACCGGGGAAAAGAGGUGGUCACUCUGAAGGAUAACAACUUUGUCAAGGAUGGUCAGAAGGUGCACAUAGGGUCAGAAGCUAAAGAAAAGCUUAUGGAAACCUUAUCUUUUGACACUGAGUUCUUGUGUAAGUUGAAUGUGAUGGAUUACUCCUUCUUGCUUGGAGUCCAUGACUGUGAUAAAGCGGACCAAGAGCGAUCGGAAGUGAUGGAUGCUGAUGGUAGUGGAGGAGAAAAUGGAGGGACACUUCCCACUGAUGAAGAUGAAGAUUCUGCUGGUAGUGGUUUAGUUCCAGCAGUGCCUACUCCUCCUGACUCACCCCAGACUGGUAAUCCUCCCGAUGUUGGGCCACUUGAACUUGACCAACACAGAGAUAUCUAUGCUAUCAGCAGUUACGAAGGAGCUCCACGAAAAGAAGUUUAUUUCAUCGCCCUAGUGGACGUCUUGACUCAGUACGGGAUGAGAAAGAGGACAGCAUCGGCAGCCAAGACAGUGAAGCAUGGUUCAGGAGCUGAAAUAUCCACAGUACACCCUGAACAGUAUGCCAAGAGGCUAAUGGAUUUUAUCAGUAAAAUUAUACAGUGAAGGAUUUUGUGUGGUCCUAUCUGCUCUUAAUUUGUACUGCAUGUUACACUGUAUCUUUACCUCUAAUUCUGUACUUACAUCAUUGUGUGGUUGAGUAUUUGCUUGCAAUCAGUAUUUCUAAACAUUGGAAUAUCUGAUGUUUUCAGGAAGAAAAAAUUUCUAUAGAAUGUGAAAGUUAUAUUUAAGCAGUGUUCCUUUAUGUUUAGAACAAGCAAUUCUGGAAACAGUCACUUCAGGUUGAUUAUAUAUGGGUAAUUAGAGCAUCACAUAAUUAGCCCCAUUGUUUUUUAAUACUCAUAACCUAGGUUAAUUAAUAUGUAGGAUUAUACACGGACUUUUCUCUACGUUAAAAUACUUUUAUUUGCGAGCUUUUGCCCUUCUUAUCGGAGCUGUCAUCAGGCAACGAUGUACUAACGAGCCUGUACAUUGUUGCCCAAUGAAAGCUUGCAAAUAAAAGAAAAGUAUUUCAAUGUAUAGAAAAGUCCAUGUAUAAUUCUACAUUUAAUUAUCCCCAUGUUGUCUCCAUACACCUACUAAAAAAAAUCUAACAUUAAAGAAAAUGGUAACUUGACAAGCAACUUACGUUAACAGUAAGCUUCUAUGUUGUUCCAGCCUAGAAGCAGUAAAGAUUAGUUUUUGUGAACAUUACCAUAUUCCUUAAUAUAAAACAUCAAAUUGAGAGGUUUUUUUUUAGUGUUUGUUAAUACUUAAUAUUGAGUCUUCCUAUAAAUACGGCAUUGUUAACUUUAAAAAAAAAAACUGUUUUCAUACCUUUUUAACCAUUCUUAAUCUAGGAUCCUAAGAUUGAUUUCAAACAUAGUCCUGUUUUGUUCAGUUGUAAAUUGAACACAUUUUCGUAUAUUAUAUUAAGUAUUUUAAUAUUGGUGUUGCUAUAGAUACCUGAUUGACCUGAAAGUGAUCUUUGGUUAUUUAGUAUUUUCUUUGUUAUUUGCUUUACGUUUUGUACUAUAUUUUGCAGUGUGAAAGAUAACUGUCUGUUAUAUGUGUUUCCAAGUAAUUGUACUUUUAUCACAUUUGAAACCUGAACACCCUAGUCUACAAAACCCAGAAUUAAGUAGCUGCACUUCUGUUAAGAAUUAGUAUUAAAGAUAAAAGCUGAAGACCAAUUUAGAGUUAGAUAGAUUAUCCAACUGUCACUGUAAUGUUUGCCUGAAAAAUUGUACAUAGUAAAUUACAAGAUUUUUUUUUCUCACCACCACCCCCCCUUUUUUUUUUAACUGUUGUGCAAUGUAUAUGUACAGUUACUAGUCUCUGCAUUAUUGGGUAUAUUGAAAAGUUGUAUUCUCGACUCUUGUUUUAUAUAUUACGAAGUGACAUAUGAUGUAAUUUCUCUCAUGAUAUUUGUAAGUACCACAGAAAAUGCUCAUUAGAACAUUCCUAAACCUACAAAUUCAGUUUCAGUUGAUAUAUUUCUUGGGCAAGCUUCUUUUCUUUUAAAGUACCAGACUAUAGUCUAAGUUAAAUUUUCAAAUACCCUACAAGGCAGUAAAAGAAUUUAAAGUGAAAUUUUGUCAGAGUUUAAAUGACAAGUUUUCUGUUCUUUAUAUACUGUCUAAUAAUAACCCAAUAAAACUACGUGUAAUCCUUUCCUCUGGUGGCUAAGACUCGUUGAGCAAUGCAUGCCGUAUGUGAAUACUGCCUAUUCCGUUGGUGGGAAGGUUUUAUUUCUGAUGAUCAACAAAUCCCAGCUUCUGAUUACUAUUAGAAUUCUUCACGUGUGACGACAUUUUCUCUAGUCUUCACAAAUCCUGAUGAUCUGUGCUUGUAUGUGGGCGUGUUUAACUAUUGGUUGUAAAGAACGAAGUGUUUAGAAGUUUGACAAGCUCUUUAGAUUACUAGUCAACCAUUUAGUAGUUUCUCAGAAAAUUGAGACAAAAAAUAGUGUCUUACAAGAUAUCUAAAGGUGUGUGCGAGUCACAGCUAAAAGUAUUGUCGUACAUAUGAUGGGUACAAAUUUUUCAAUAGACAUAGUUAAACAGAGAUUAAAUUUAAAUUCUAAUUAUCUAUUUGCAAAAGUACUUGAUACACUAAUUAUACUUAACUACAGUCUGCAUUUCACUUGCAAGAUUACUUAACACUGCUCAAAAUGAACAUCACAUAACGAUGCAUCAACUUAUUAAAAGUUGUAAAAAUAAAAUGGCAAUGUUUCGAGUAUUAUUUAAGUAAUUUAGUUUGAUUUAUGAUGUCUCAUGUAAAAUACAGGUUUUGUUUUUCAUUCUGCUUGGAUCAUGUCUUGUUUGUACAGUUUCUUUGUGAAGUUAUUGGUAUAAAUAUUUUUUGUUGUUUUUGUCUGUGUAACAUUUUAAACAUUCAAAUAAAUGUCACCUUUCAAAGUGUGACAAAAAGA